AUGCCACCAAUUUCCUCCUCAACCUACACAGACGAGCUUCGAUCGCCAGUCUCUCCUGACUACGACCUCCUUUCCAUGCCACCUCCACCAUCGACUGGAAUCACAUCACCCCUAAUGGCUGACGCCGGCGAGGCGGAGUUUGUGGACGGACGGUUGCUGCAAACCCAGCAACAGGGUCUCCACUCCUCGAUAGCCAGCAGCGAGCGUGGAAAAACGCGGCUUCCACCCAAUGAUUUCUCCAGACAUAUUCUAAGAUGCUAA